CCCAAAUGACACUCCCACAUCUUUUUGGACUCAAGGCAAAUACUUUAGACAGAAUUUAAGAAAACUGAAAGAUCCCAGUGACUGUUGUGGUACUGCCAGGGGGAAAAGGUAAAUCUAUUUUGAUGAAUUCAUUAUUUUGCCAAAUAUUUCUUAAAAAUCCUUGGAGCGGUAUGUUUUGUCAUAUAAGUACAGUAUUGAUGUACAGUAUUAUGGUCCUUGGUGGGCUGCCAUUUAAUUGUUUUUAUUUGCAGGAACCAAUUCAUGAUGAAUCUUCCAACUUUUUCACUGAUGGUUGUACUUCUUGCAACAGCUUCGACUAAACCACUUGAUGAAAACUGGCCGCAGGAUGCCGCCAUCUCUGAAAAUAACCAGAAACAAGAAUCACUUGCUCGGGACAACCGGAGUCGUUCAUCUGAGUCCGCUCGCUCACGUGACUCAGGGGAGUCCAGAGACGUCUCUGAAAGUGAAUCCUCUGAGGAGUCCGUUCAUCUGCUGUCCGCGGAGCCACUGGCAGAAUUUUUCGAGGAGUCAUCCGAAGAAUCCUCUGAGGAGGCACCUGAAAAGUCUUCCGAGGGGUCCACCAAGUAUUCCUCUGAGGAGUCUUCUGAGGAGUCGUCAGAGGAAUCCUCCGAGGAGUCUUCUGAGGAGUCUUCCGAGGAGUCUUCCGAGGAGUCUUCUGAGGAGUCUUCCGAGGAGUCCUCAGAGGAAUCCUCCGAGGAACUUCCCGUCACAGAUCCCAUGAUGACAACCACAGAAGACACAAAUACAUCCACGCCCAAACCUGCCACCACAAUCUCAAAUGAGCAAGGCACAACCACACCUGCUGGAGAUGUGACCGUAAGCCGUGGCCUUUCCACUGAGUCUCACAUCACUGAAAGACGCGGAGACAACUAACGCGGUGACCAGUAACCUAAAAUGUAUUUCAAAAAGGUGAUGAUUGUGGGCUAAAAAUGGACUCAUUGUUAUCUGGAACCAUUUUAAAAAUUUGUUUCUAAUCAAACAUAAUGUAGCUGCAAGGAAAUCAGGAAACGAAUACUAAUAUUGCUUAAUAUUGCAAAUAUUUAAAGACAUUUGUUAAUAACUGUUCUAAUGUAUGAAAUGUCCUGUACUGGUGUACAUACCAUACCUCUAAAAUCCUACAAAUAAAUGCUGUGUUCCACAAGA